GCCCACCCGCCCAGGGGAGGGUCAGACCUGGGGGGGCUAGGGCCCCCCAAACUCGGAUCGGAUCCAGCGCGAUCGAGGAGGCGCCAUGGAGCUGCGGGCGCUGCUCUGCUGGGCUUCGCUGGCUGCCGCUUUAGAAGAAACUCUGCUGAACACAAAACUGGAAACUGCAGAUCUGAAGUGGGCGACAUUCCCUCAGGUGGAAGGGCAGUGGGAAGAGCUGAGCGGCCUGGACGAGGAGCAGCACAGUGUGCGCACGUACGAGGUGUGUGACAUGCAGCGCGCCCCUGGCCAGGCGCACUGGCUGCGCACGGGCUGGGUACCCCGGCGCGGUGCCGUGCAUGUCUACGCCACGCUGCGCUUCACCAUGCUUGAGUGCCUGUCCCUGCCCCGGGCCGGUCGGUCCUGCAAGGAGACCUUCACCGUCUUCUACUACGAGAGUGAGGCAGACACGGCCACAGCACACACGCCAGCCUGGAUGGAGAACCCCUACAUCAAGGUGGACACAGUGGCUGCUGAGCACCUGACUCGGAAGCGCCCAGGGGCCGAGGCCACAGGCAAGGUGAACGUGAAGACGCUGCGGCUGGGGCCGCUCAGCAAGGCGGGCUUCUACCUGGCCUUCCAGGACCAGGGCGCCUGCAUGGCGCUGCUGUCCCUCCACCUCUUCUACAAGAAGUGCUCCGAGAAGACCAUGAACCUCACCCGCUUCCCAGAAACCGUGCCCCGCGAGCUGGUGGUGCCCGUGGCGGGUAGCUGUGUGGCCAAUGCGCUCCCCGCACCCGGCCCCAGCCCCAGCCUCUACUGCCGGGAAGAUGGCCAGUGGGCAGAGCAGCCCGUCACCGGCUGCUGGUGUGUGCCUGGGUUCGAGGCCACGGAAGGGAACAAAAAAUGCAGAGCCUGUGGCCAGGGCACCUUCAAGCCCCAGUCAGGAGAGGGGUCCUGCCAGCCGUGCCCAGCCAACAGCCACACGAACACCAUCGGAUCGCCCUUCUGCCAGUGCCGGAAUGGCUACUACCGGACCCGCGCCGACGAGCGCAGCGCCCCCUGCACCACCCCGCCCUCGGCGCCCCGGAGCGUGGUCCCGCACCUGAACGGCUCCCACCUGCGCCUGGAGUGGAGCGCGCCCCUGGAGUCAGGGGGCCGCGACGACCUCACCUACGCCCUGCGCUGCCACGAGUGCCGCCCUGGGGGCUCCUGCCUGCCCUGCGGGGGCGACCUAACCUUCGACCCCGGCCCCCGGAACCUCCAGGAGCCCUGGGUGGCAGUUCGAGGGCUGCGCCCCGAUUUCACCUACACCUUCGAGGUCUCCGCCGUGAACGGCGUGUCUUCCUUAGCCUCAGGGCCUGUGCCAUUUGAGGCCGUCAAUGUCACCACGGACCGCGAGGAGAGUGAGAACUGGCGCGAGCAGCUGGCCCUCAUUGUGGGCACGGCGGUCGUGGGCGUGGUGCUGGUGGUGGUGGUGGUGGUGAUCGCCGUGCUCUGCCUCAGGAAGCACAGCAGCGAAAGAGAGGUGGAGUAUUCGGACAAGCACGGACAGUAUCUCAUCGGGCAUGGUACGAAGGUCUACAUUGACCCCUUCACUUACGAAGACCCUAAUGAGGCAGUGAGGGAAUUUGCCAAAGAGAUCGACGUGUCCUACGUCAAGAUUGAGGAGGUGAUCGGCGCAGGCGAGUUUGGAGAGGUGUGCCGGGGGCGGCUGAAGGCCCCGGGAAAGAAGGAGAGCUGCGUAGCAAUCAAGACCCUCAAGGGUGGCUACACAGAGCGCCAGCGUCGCGAGUUCCUGAGCGAGGCCUCCAUCAUGGGCCAGUUUGAGCACCCCAACAUUAUCCGCCUGGAAGGAGUGGUAACCAACAGCGUGCCCGUCAUGAUCCUCACGGAGUUCAUGGAGAAUGGAGCCCUGGACUCUUUCCUGCGGCUGAAUGACGGGCAGUUCACGGUCAUCCAGCUGGUGGGCAUGCUUCGGGGCAUCGCCUCGGGCAUGCGCUACCUGGCCGAGAUGAGCUACGUCCACCGAGACCUGGCGGCCCGGAACAUCCUGGUCAACAGCAACCUGGUCUGCAAGGUGUCUGACUUCGGACUCUCACGGUUCCUGGAGGAGAACUCUUCCGAUCCCACCUAUACCAGCUCUCUGGGAGGAAAGAUCCCUAUCCGAUGGACAGCCCCCGAGGCCAUCGCCUUCCGCAAGUUCACAUCCGCCAGUGAUGCCUGGAGCUACGGGAUUGUGAUGUGGGAAGUGAUGUCUUUUGGGGAGCGGCCAUAUUGGGACAUGAGCAAUCAGGAUGUGAUCAACGCCAUUGAGCAGGACUACCGGCUGCCCCCGCCCCCGGACUGCCCCACCUCCCUCCACCAGCUCAUGCUGGACUGCUGGCAGAAAGACCGGAAUGCCCGACCACGCUUCCCCCAGGUGGUCAGCGCCCUCGACAAGAUGAUCCGCAACCCUGCCAGCCUCAAAAUCGUGGCCCGGGAGAAUGGCGGGGCCUCACACCCCCUCCUGGACCAGCGACAGCCUCACUAUUCCGCCUUUGGGUCUGUGGGUGAGUGGCUCCGAGCCAUCAAGAUGGGAAGAUACGAAGAAAGCUUUGUAGCAGCUGGAUUCGGCUCCUUUGAGCUCGUCAGCCAGAUUUCUGCUGAGGACCUGCUCCGAAUCGGGGUCACUCUGGCAGGACACCAGAAGAAAAUCUUGGCCAGCGUCCAGCACAUGAAGUCCCAAGCCAAGCCUGGAGCCCCCAGCGGGCCAGAAGGACCAGCCCCCCAGUACUGACCUCCCUGAGGACGCCGCAGUCGCUCCUUUUUCCUGGGGCACAGUCAGGGGCACGCACAGAGACCCUCAGCCCUGCGCCCCAUGGAUUGCACUUUGAACCCGUGGGGGUGGGGAGUUGGCAGUUGGGAGAGACAGGAUUUGGGGUUUGUGUCAUGGAAAGCAGAGAGCCCAUUCCAGGCGGGGAACCCCAGACCCAAGAGUGGGCAUGAGCAGAGGGUGUGAGAGGCGCCCAGUGUCUCCCAGCCUCUCCAGAGGGUGCUCCCCACCCCACCCCCACACCUUGAUCAUGCCCCCCUACAGACCAAAGAGAGGGUGGCCAGCCUGCCAGCUCACCUGUGGCGCAGUCCCAGGAGGCAGGAAGAGGGUGUUGAGGCUCAGUGACUCAUCCAUCACUGGGUUUUGAUGUCCCUGCCACCCAAUGCAAUCAUUUCCCUUGUAAAUGCCCCUCCCCCAUCUGCUGCCUUCAUAUUGAAGGUUCUGAAUUUUAUAUAUAUAUAUAUAGAUAUAUAUAUUUUUUGUUUUGUUUUUGGUCUUAUUUUUUCUUCGCCCCUUUUAUUUUAUUUUUUUCUUUUUCUACCGUCCUUGUCCUCAUGUCUUUUUGUGUUGGGGGCACCUGUGUUGCUGUCUCCUUCUUUGCCCAAGUUUGGAACAGGGACCCACCCAUGUGUCUGUUUCCAGAACAAUGCCUGGGUCCCCCAAGGACCCCCCCCUCCCCAAGCUGUGUCCACAAAAGAGUGCAGCAAGAAAGGGGGGGUGGGAAGGAAACCUGAGACAGACUUGGAGGGACUCUUAAAUUAUAUUUA